AUGACCAGAGUAACAGCUCCCCGCGAGAUCGCCAAGCUUGUCAGGUCUCUCAGCACCACAUCCGCUGCCCCUGCGCCCAGCAGGCUCAUCGCCAGCACCUCAACUGCAGCAUCUGCCAGAGUCCGCAGGGAGCUCGGUGCUGCUUCAAAAGAAAAUGUCCCGGCCUCAUCAGAGCGCACCCUGACCACCACAACGCGGCCCACGCCAAACCCGCACAGGGUGAUCCCGCUGAUGCAGGGCUUCCACACCACCCAGGCCCCGCGGUACGCCCAGGCCGACGUCUCCACCAUCGACUUCAUGGUCCUCCCCACGCGCGAGCAGCUGUUUGGCGGCCAGGACAACGCCCCCGGCCCCCGCGUGCGCGUGCCCUUGCUGCCGGACAACUUCGCCCCCGACCGCGCCAGCUUCGCCCCCGAGGCCGCCGACGCGCCCCUCGCCGCCCCGGAGAUCGUGGUCAUGGCCGCCGACCCCUCCAGCGUCAACGCCGUCUCCGCCCUCACAGAGGUCGAGGCCUUCUCCCCGGACGGCGUCGAGCUGAGCUUCGCACACGGCUGGGGUGCGGGCCGCGACGCCCCCAAGCAGGAGACGUACGCCGGUGGCAUGCUAAAGGACCUGUGGGCCGGGCUCAAGGAGGACAUUCUUAGUCCGAGUGGCCAGGCCAAGCCCGCCUUGUAG